ACCCCCAUGAAAGGGUCAUUUGACACCCCUACCCCGUAACGGGGUUGUGACCCACAGGUGUAGAAACGUUGUACUAGUGUCAGCAGAGGAAUAGCUUGUAAGGCUAUCUGGAGUAGUGUAAAUUUGCUCUGGAAACAGGACCAGGGAAGAGAGGUAGGGAGGAUGAGGAUGAGCACAGCAUCUCCACUGAAGAAGGUACUGGUCUGAAUUUGACCUGUGUGUAUAGCUGUUAGCCUGAAAGAGGCAGGAGUGAUCUGUGUAGUGUGUUCCAGGCCUGCCAGCACCACAGUAGUGAGACCCUAUCUCAACAAAGACAGAAUAAAAGUCCAUGACUCCAGAAUUGGGGAGCUGUGAACUCAAAAGAUGUAGGGUCCAUUGCCUGGGUCAUGGGUUUCCUAAGGUCAUCCUGUUACUGGAGUGUUCCUUCUCUUGAAAGAACAGUCACAGACCACAGGGAUUCUGCAAGUGUACUGGGCCACGAAAGUCCAACCUUUAACAGGUGUACUAGGACACACUCAUCAUGUUUUCAGUUUGUUUACCAAAUUUAUUUGGAGGUAAAAGGCUUGAGUUGUUCCCAGGGGUUGUUUUCAAGGCUGAUGGUUCUGGCUACCUUCAGUGGGGUAGGAAGGUAUCUUCAGAAAAGUGAGGGCCCAUCCAGAUAAAGUCAAUUAAGUGGUGAAUACCCAUUUUCUCUUAGAAAUACGCUGACUCAGCAGGUCUGAGGUCCCAUGCUCCAGAUUCUGCUGUUAGGACACGCCUCUUAGGCAAAGUCAGAGCCCUGGGUCUUUUGAGUAAUGCUGAACGUUCAUAGCUUCCUGUAGUUCCCACAGUAACCUCUAGAUGUCCCCAUCACCCAUGAACUCUUCCUGGCGAUUACAGCCCAUAGCCCCAAUCCCUGAGAAGGGGAGACGAGGAAUUUAGGGAAAUACUUAGAGACAUACAACCACUGACCAAUGUGUGAAUUUGUUGUUUCAACAUGGGGCCGACUUCUUGGUGAAACGUCUACCUCAAGUGUUUUUAAAGGAAUGUCUUGAAACCAAGUUAGUCUAAGGAGUUUCGAGUAACUUUAUCUGCAGUAAAAUGCUAAAUCUAAACCAAAACUCUCAGAUUCCAAGCACAACCCAAAAGUUGUAAAACAGAUGGUUACCCCACAGAAUUAAAACUUGUGUUGUUUUGGCAAACUGUUGUUUUUAGUAUUUUUUUUCACUUUUGUUGACUUUAGCACACAAGAGGGCCCUCUACCAUCUACCUUGUUGACACUGAAUUCUCCAGUAAACCCUAGCAUAAUUAGAGCCACCCAGGUUUCUCCCAGUAUGCUGCUUUACCCGUCCCCUAUAAAUGCACAUGCUUGCUACAUGAGGAAAUAGAAGUGCCCACGUACUGAAUAGGAACCUUUCUGUGGACUGCUCUCCCAGCAUCCCAAUGACAUGUAGUGUGGGUGGAGCAGUCAGAGUGUUGACAAGAAAGGGAACGCCCAAGUCCUACAAAUAGGAAAUAGGGCUCGUUCAGAUAAUGGGUAUGUUAAACUGUCAAUGUUUAUUGAAUGAGUUAAUGUUUUCAAAUAAGCAUAAUAGUGUGUGUCCGUUUCCUGCCACUGUGGCAAAUGCCAGAUAGAGUUACUAAGGAAAGGUUUAUUUGGUUCGUUGCCUUGAAGGUUCCAGUUCACUACUCAUAGGCCUCUGGAGAAGGCGGGCACCUCGCAUCAUGGCAGGAGCAGUUGGUAGAGCAAAACGGCUCACCCACAAUUCUCUUACAAGAACAUGCUCCCAUCAUCUAUUUACCCAAUAACCCACAGACCUCUAGCAGGGUUCACCCCUGACUGAUUUCCACCACCUCCCCAUGAUGCCAAGCUCGGGACCAAACCUGGGUAUUUCAUAUUUUCUAAAUAUAGACGGGGUCUCAUUACAUAGCCAGUGGUGGCUGACCUUGAACUCACAGAGCUCCUCCUUGGUGAGAUUAAAACCCUGUAUCAGGCGCAGCGGAUCAGCUUCAUAAACCUAGCUAUGAGUGGGAAAAUACGCUAACUUUUGUAAUUCUCACGUGAUACAAUUUCCCCUUAUCUCGGGAGUUUCCAAAACUCAAAUACCUCCCGAACCGACUUCCUCUUGCUUUUGCCGGAUUGGCACCCAGCCUGCUGCUGAACUCGCUGUUGUCUCAUUUUCCUCUCUAGAGGACCGGGGGCGACCUUGGUCAUUCAGCUCAAUCCUGCUCGCAAUCCGGGGAACUCCACUCAGCUGACUCCGGGCCAACAAAACGCUUUCUGCUUAGCGGGUUUUAUCGUGUUCCUGGGGUUGGCAGAAAAGCUGACCUCCUACGAGGGCUGGGCACCAAAGGGUCCUUUUGUGGGAGGCACAACUGAGUGGUUGGCAGUGGCCAUUUUAGGGCCUGCUGUCACCUUCCUUGAGGCCUCAGGCAUGCUCCAGAAUAAGUUACGUCCCGUGGGAUGGAUAGGGGCUGAAGUCUCGGGAUUCCUAUAGUCCGGCAUCAGUUUGGGUUUCGGUUCCGGUGGGUUUCAAGUCUGAGAACAGUAACUGGCUCAACCUCCGCGAAGGGCGGGCCGAUCACCAUGGCGGCACCAAUCCCGGGCCGUGCCCGCUUGCGGACGGCGGUGGAUCCUGACUCUCGGACACUUAAGUGACGGAAGCACGCGGUCCGGUCAUGCUUGGUGGGACGUUCAGGCUGCUGCUGCUGCUGCUGCUGCUGCUGUUGCUGCCACUGCGACCCCCGGGCACGCAGGGUCACAGCGGUGCCGCAAGCUCAGGGCAGGAGGACGAGGAACCGGCCGCUUGGCCGGGUGUCCAACGCCUGAAGGAGCAGCUGAGGACGGUCGGGACCCUCUCCAAACGGUACUGGGGUUUAUUCAGCUGCACUGUGUGGCCCGAUCACUGUCAGGACCAGGAGGCCCCCGCGCCGCCGCUGGGCUGGAGCCUUCCUCUGCAGUGGGGCCGGCGGUCCCUGGAUCGCCUCACCGAGUGGUUCUGCCGCUUUCAGGACUGCUGCACCGGUGGCGGGGACUGCAGGAUCUCCAACAACUUGACAGGCUUAGAAUCAGACCUGCGUGUGCGACUGCAUGGCCAGCAUCUGGCUAGCGAGCUGGUCCUAAGAGCUGUGAGGGGCUACUUAGAGAAGCCCCAAGGAGACAAGGCCCUGGCUCUGUCAUUCCAUGGCUGGUCUGGCACAGGCAAGAACUUCGUGGCCCGGAUGCUGGCGGAGAACCUGUAUCGGGAUGGACUGAGGAGUGACUGUGUCAAGAUGUUUAUCUCCACCUUCCAUUUUCCACACCCCAAGUAUGCGGACAAAUACAAGGAGGAGUUGCGGUGCCAGAUGCAGGAGACCCGGCGGCGCUGCCACCAGACCAUGUUCAUCUUUGACGAAGCGGAGAAGUUGCACCCGGUGCUGCUGGAGCUGCUUGGACCGCACCUGGAACUCAGGGUCCCCGAGACCCAGGGCGUUGAGCCACCGCGGGCCAUCUUCCUCUUUCUCAGUAACCUUGGAGGCAGUGUCAUCAACAAAGAGGUCCUGGGUUUGCUUAAGGCUGGGUGGUCCAGGGAAGAAAUUACAAUACAGCACUUGGAGACCCUCCUUCAAGCUGAGAUCACGGUGUCCACAGACAGUAGCUUUGGUUCCAGCCGUCUUGUGAAGGAAAACCUUAUUGACUUCUUUGUCCCCUUCCUGCCAUUGGAGUACCGCCAUGUGCGGCUGUGUGUCCGGGACGCCUUCCUGAGCCAGGACCUCCUGUACACAGAAGAGGCCCUGGAUGAAAUCGCCAAGAUGAUGACGUAUGUCCCCGAGGAGGAGCAGCUUUUCUCCUCCCAGGGCUGCAAAUCCAUUUCCCAGAGAAUCAACCUCUUCCUCCCUUGAAAGUGACUCACUGUGCUCACUGGAUCUGCCAGGCACCCCGGUGUCCAACAGACCACUGCUCCAGCUAGCGUGCAGGAGGCAGACCUGAAAACCACUUGGUGCUUUUAAAGACCUACGUUCUGGAUACUCUAGAAUGCAGGCCAGUUAGUCAAAAAGCCAUCGGUAAGUCCAGGUGCCAAAGGGUCCCCAGAACUCCCCUGCAGUCUGCUGGCGCCGCAGCUCUCCGCAGGCUGUAGGACUUGAGCAUAGUCUGUGGUCGCAGGAUUCUUGGGCUACAGAACAUGGAAGGAUGGAAGAUCUGUGGCUCAGCGGGAGUGUGCUCCAUCCAGUCUGUAGGCGUGGGCCACCUUCUGUGUGUGAGCAGAACAGUAAAGGGGGCCUUAGGUAAAGGGAAAACCACAUGCUUUCAAAACAUGCCAG